AUGGGUUGCUCCAAACAUAGCCGAAAAAUUUUCUAUUUUGUAGAAAAACAUCUUGAAGACUCUAAGAUUGCAAUAUCUCGAGAAAUUAUGAAUGAUGAUGAUAGUUUUGAUGCAUUUGCUGAAGGAUUCACACAAUUUAAGUUACCUUCUUCAAUGACGAAUAGCGAUAUGAAAACUGCUUCAUUAAAAUCUGAUUUCAUUCAGUCCUCAUCAGCUACCAUAACAACAACUACAAACUCUUCAGUUCACCAACCAAUAGAAGAAAAAAUCAUUUCGAAUAUCAUACUUAAUGUACGAUUAAAAUUUGAUUAUAAUCAAUUAACAAAAUUUGUUGAAGAAUUAAAACAAAGGAAUUCAAAAAUAGUAGUAAAUCAAAAAAGUUAUUCCAUAUUUGAAUUAUAUACACUCUACACAACAAGUGAACCAAUUGAUCUGACUAAUCAAAAAAUUCGUAAAACUUAUCGUCCUAGUUUAUUUAUUCGAAAAGCAGAUGCAUUUGGUGCAUGGAAUUUCAAUUUUCUAUUGGGUCUAUUUGAUGUUGAAUAUGAGUGUCCUGAUGAAAAUAACAACGAAUUUCCACCUGUAUGGAAAACAACCUUUGACACAAAUGUAGAAAUAAAUAUAAUUCAUUUAUCUAAACAAACUACAACAAAAGAAAGUAAAUCGGAUGAAAAAUCAAAUGAAUCUGAAAAUAAAUCUAAUGAACCUGCAACUACACUACUGGAUAUUCUAAAAGCUAUUUGUCAAGAAAAUAAAUAUGAUGAAAAUGAUGCAUUUAAAUGGUUACAAAAUUUGAAAGCUCAUACAUCAUUUGAUUCACAAAUGGAUGUUGAGUAA